AUGUCAGAAAGAGUUGAAGCAUACCUGGUGAAAAACAAAAGUAGUGCACUGGAAAAUGUUGCUGACGUUUGGCAGAAACUUGAAGAACUAUAUUACAGAAAGCUUUGGCAUCAAUUAACUGUAGAGUUGAGGAAAAUCAUAUAUGAGGAUUCAUUUAUUCGCACGAUUGAUCUCAAAGAUUUCUAUGACAAUUUCAUUAGUGAAUUCAAGCAUCGAAUCAAUCCUUUGCAACUUGUUGAAAUUGUGAUACCGGUCGCCAAAUCAAUUUUUCGUAAAAACAAAGAUGCAGCUUUUGAUUUCUUAAAUAAAAUUGAGAAAACGAUUUCAAAAGACAAGCAAGCUAUGGUGCGUGUACGUACUGGUCAAAUCGAAUUACGUUUAAUGCACAAAGAUUCUAAAGAUCGUUGUAUUGAUAUUCAAAUCAAAAUGAUAGAAGAGACGCAAGUUUUAUUGGAUGAAUUACCGGGAGUUACGUUAGUACAUGGCCCAUUCUAUAAGGUUUCGUCAGUUUACUUGAAAGAAAUUGGGAAUUAUGCUGGUUAUUAUCGUGAAGCCUUACGAUAUUUGGGAUGCGAGGAUCAGACAAAGCUAACACAAUCUGAAAAGCAGUUGCAAGCAGUACUUCUAGGAUUUGCUGCACUACUUGGUGAUGAUGUUUACAACUUUGGAGAACUGCUCGCGCACCCAAUCCUGAAGUCUCUGGAAGGAACUCGUGAGAAAUGGAUCAUUGACGUAUUGUAUGCAUUCAAUGCUGGUGAUCUAAAUAAAUUUAACGAAUAUCAUCCGCAGUGGAGUGAGUGGGAUGAUUUGAAGGAUCAUCAGGAUGUUCUAGAAGAAAAAAUCCGUCUGCUGAGUUUAAUGGAGAUUGCUCUAGCUCGUUCAUCAAAGGAUCGAUAUAUCUCUUUCCAAGAAAUAGCUGAUAGAGCUCAAAUUAAACUCAACCGAGUUGAGAGCCUAGUAAUGAAAGCACUUAGUAAAGGAUUGGUGCAAGGUUCGAUUGAUCAGGUGGAACAAGUAGUUAACAUUACAUGGGUACAACCACGGGUUCUUUCUGCACAACAGAUUCUGACGAUGAGUGAACGUAUUGGUUUUUGGUGUGCCGAAGUUGAAGCAAUGGAAGAAAUCGUUUGCGAGAGUGCAAGAGAAAUAUUGACGAAGACAUGA